AUGGCUGCUGAGAACUCCUCUUCUGUGACAGAGUUUAUUCUCUCAGGCUUAACUGACCAGCCGGGACUCCAGCUGCCCCUCUUCUUCCUGUUCCUAGGUUUCUAUGUGGUCACGGUGGUGGGGAACCUGGGCCUGAUAACCCUGAUUGGGCUGAACUCUCACCUGCACAUUCCCAUGUACUUCUUCCUCUUCAACUUGUCCUUCAUUGAUUUUAGUUAUUCCACUACUCUCACCCCUAAAAUGCUGAUGAGUUUUGUGUCAAAGAAGAACAUCAUUUCCUAUGUGGGGUGUAUGACUCAGUUUUUUUCCUUCUGUUUCUUUGUCUUUUCUGAAUCCUACAUCCUGUCGGCCAUGGCCUACGACCGCUAUGUCGCCAUCUGUAAACCACUGCUGUACACGGUCACCAUGUCUCCCCGGGUGUGUUUGGUCCUUCUGUCCGGUGUCUACGGGAUGGGGGUCUUUGGGGCUGUGGCCCAUAUUAUAAAUGUAACGUUCAUGACCUUUUGUGCAGACAACCUUGUCAAUCACUACAUGUGUGACAUCAUUCCCCUCCUUGAGCUGUCCUGCAACAGCUCUUAUACAAAUUUGCUGGUGGUGUUUAUUAUUGUGACCAUUGGAAUCGGAGUGCCUAUUGUGACCAUUUUUAUCUCAUACGGUUUCAUUCUUUCCAGCAUUCUCCACAUCAGCUCCACAGAGGGCAGGUCCAAAGCCUUCAGUACCUGUAGCUCCCAUAUAAUUGUGGUAUCUCUUUUCUUUGGGUCAGGAGCUUUUAUGUACCUCAAACCACCUUCUAUUUUACCCCUGGACCAGGGGAAAGUGUCCUCCGUUUUCUAUACUGCUGUGGUGCCCAUGGUCAACCCCUUAAUCUAUAGCCUGAGGAAUAAAGAUGUCAAAAUUGCCCUGAAGAAAACUUUAAGAAGAAAAAUCUUAUCUUGA